AGCGCGUCUCGAAAUAUAGAUUUUUUUUUUAUAUCAUCUCUCCCCGGGAAAGUAUUUACAGUUUUAUGGACUUAAGGGGAUUAGAAAAAAAAACAAAACAAGGAAAUCAAUAAACUGUACGAAAAACAUCUGUAACGGGGGAUGAAAGAGCUCCAGAGUGAAGCACGGGGGACAUGUGAAGUGUCUGCCGCCUGGUGGAGCGCAGGAGGCGGCCAGUCUCCUCUCCUGCAGCCGCUGAUUCUGGAUCCUCGCAGUUUUUCUUUUUCCCCCCUCUCCUCCACCUUUUGUGUUGUGAUCGGCUCUCCCAGUCUGUUUCUCACACCCAGCCCGGUACCCCCCCUCCUCCUCUUCUUCCUCCUCCUCCUCCUCCUCCUCAUACCCACCUCCAUCCCACCCUACCCUACCCCAUCCACCACCCCCUCCACCACCACCCCCUCUCCUCCUUUUAGCAUCUGAAAAGACCACUGAGUGAGAAUCGAUGGCGCAGAGGCCCGCUUGACAGGACAAUAAACCACAAAGAAGGGCCAUGAGGAAGAGAGGACAAGUCACAUCCGAGGCGCAGGGGGAGCCGUCUAUUUACAGCUGAGGCGUUCACAUUCGCCUCUCCUGUCUGUGUGAUAGCCACAACAAUAGCUUCUAUAUUUUCUUUAUUUUAUUAUCAGCCUCGGGCAUGAUCAAUACAGUCCACAAAUGUGAUGCUAUUAUUGGUAAAGAUUUUGGUCCAGUCUCUCCCACCAGAUCCCCUCCUUCCCUCCCCUCCUCCCUCCCUCCUUCCUCACCCCCCAGAUGUCUGCAACAGACUCACACCAGCGCUGCCCACAAGCUGAGGAGAAACUGAUGAAUCAGAUAUUGAUCUUGUGUCUCACCGCCGAGACGAGAAUGUGUUUUGGCUGGUGGUAACCUCAAGUGACCUGACAGCAUGUGGUGGUGUGUUUAUGUAUUCCCCCCCCACCCCCAAAAAACCUCCCCCUCUUAUCCAGCCUCUCCACCGGACCCGGCUUCUCGCACCGUGAGGACGCAGCGAUGCCCCAGCAGAGGGAGGACCCGGCUCCGUCCCGCCGCCUCGGCCUGGCAUCCCUCCGUCUCCAGACACUGAAGCCCGGCCACGACUUCCCAUGAGGCCACCACCAGAACUCAGCUCGACCGCUCUGUAUGGGGCCUCUCACAUAUGAAUUGACAUGGAGGAUGAAGAUGGGACUUGUCUACUUGAUGUUUUGUGUGACCCCCAAGCCCUGAACGACUUCCUUCAUGGGACCAAUGAGCUGCAGACUGAAGACCUGCUCAUUAACUCCUCCUCUGGGGAGCCCUCCCUCUUCACAGAUGCCCCGAGCCCCGUCUCUCUGCUGGGAGAUGGCAGGGAUUCUCCAGACACACCUCCGCCUGGGUGUGUGGAUCUGUCCUUCCUGGAGGAGGCCCUCCUGUCAUCGCCGGAGGGUGGGGAAGACCCACAGGUGGUGCAGGGUGGGACACCCGUGGAGGCUGGAUUUGAGGUUAAGAAGGGAGAACUGGAGGAAGCGGAGGAGGCAGAGGUGGCAUGUGAUAUCCUCCAGCAGAGCCUGCAGGAGGCUGAGAUCACAGAGCAGACCAUGGCUCUGGAGGCAGGUCUGGCCCAAACGGGGGACAGCCUGUCCCUUUACUCACCUGCCCCUCUCCUGUCUCCACCCACCGUACCAUUCAUACCCAAAUCUGUGACCUUACCCGUCACCCCGGUGUUGCCCAGAGAUACACAGGCAGCAGUGGAGCCUCCCCAGCCCUCCCUCCUGGCUGUCGGGCCGGGCUGCCCUUCUCUAAAACCUGCUGCCCCUCCUCAGUUGAUGGGGCUCCUGCCUGGAAAUGUGUUCCCUGCUGCGUCUCCAGAGACCUCCUUCUCUCUGAGUCCUGCCCAAGGAUCGAGUAUGAUCAUCCACAAGGCUGUUCCCAGUAUGACCAGUCGUCCUCUUAUCACCCCAACCCUGAGAACAACAGCAGCAGCAGCAGCACCGGGCAUCGUCCUGCAGCGUGCCCCUCUUCCCAUCCAACCCAAGCUGCCUAUCAGCAUUCAGCCCAGACUGGUUCAAAUUAGCCCCAAACCUUCCGGACAAAAACACGCUCCAGGUCUUACAUUUGUUCCUGGGACUGCCUCACCAAAUAUUUUACUCUCCCAACCUCCAGGCCAAAAGCCCGCAGCUCCACCACCGCAGCCCAACCAGCAGCUCCACAAACCUGUCAGCCUGCAGCUGGUCAACCAGGGCGGCUCCUUUGUGCUCCAGCCUCAGGGACUCUUCCAAGGCCAAAACCAGUUCCUUCUUCCAGGCCAGUGCCCUGUUACGAUCUCCCAGCCUCCCAGUGCAGCUCGACCGCUGCUGACCACCAGCCACCAAGGCCCGUCAGUCCACAGCCUGACUCCCUCUACUGGGCAGCUUGUAGACGGCUCUCAGAUCCUAACUGUGCCCCAGAGACAGCUGAACUUCAGCCCUGUCUUCACCACCCCUACAGGGCAGCUAGCGCUCCGCCAGGCCACUGUGCUUUCAGGACCUUUGCAUCUACAGUCAGCGCCCCCUACUGUCUUCCAGAUGCCAGCUCAGCUGGCUGGAGCAUACACUCCAGGGGGACAGGGGCAGCGUGCCACCCUGGUCCACAGUCCCGCUCUUGGAAACCACAUUACGUUGAUCAACAGUUCAGGGGUGCUUCCCUCAGAUCUCACUUCCAUCUCUAUUGUUAAUGGCCCCUCAGUAGUUCAAGGGCUGCCUUUUGCUACUCAAGCCCCGGCUCCUCAGACAGGAGUGACAGAAGGACAGCUGAGCCUCCAGCAGGCCUCUGUGGUGCUGCUGCCAGAAAGAGCCAUUCAAGAGGAGAGGACCAGCUCAGAGGAGACUUUCCACCAGCUACCGCAGCCCUAUGGACAUGUUCUCCAGCAUGUGUCGGUGCAGCCCACCUCUGCAGGGCUGCAGUCCUCCUCUCCUCCUGUAGUUACAGUCCUGCAGCCUCCUCCUGAACCACCUCUGGUCCCCGAUCCAGCUGUGGAGAUCCCGAAACUUUUGAUGCCCCCGGCAGACAUGACCCAAGUAGUGGAGGAGGUGACCCACUCGAUGAGUCAGAACGAGGCCUUUAUGCAACAUCUGCAACAGCAAGCACUUAGUUCUCCUAUCACGUCUGAACUGUUGGUUGGAGCGCUGCCAGUGGUGCCGAUGGAGUCGCUGCCCUCCCCGGUCGCCCGUGAGAGAGAGACCCAGCCGACGACCCACGCAGUCACUGGUCAGGACACCCGCACCGGGAUGUCCGACCAGUGUGUUGACGCUUCUCCGCUUCACUCCGACCCAGAGGACACACCACUGAUCUGCUCCUCCCCUCCCAUUCAGGACGCAGAGAGACCAGCUCCGACAAGUUUCUCCCCUCCGACUGGGCCUCACAUCACUCUGCCUGGACCUGAGAGUUCAGUCCCCCAAAUCACAGCUCCCCAGCCUUGCAUCGAGCCCCAAGUCCAGUACCAGGUCCCUCCUCAGCUCCAGGUCUCACAGGCCUUAUUUGCCCAGAACCAGGUACAGAUCCAGUCGCCUGUUUCCCAGCCUCAGCCGCAGGUCCAGGCCUUGGCUCCCCAUCUCCAGGUCCAGUCGUCUGUUUCCCAGCCUCAGUCCUCGGUCAGCACGUCGGUCCACAGCUCCCCUCUGCGUGUCAGCGUCUCUGUGCCUCAGCAGCAGCCUGAUCCCACAGCUGCUAGUCUCUCCAAAGGAGGAGACGACUCUGCUGUCCAACAGCACACACAAAACAAGCCAACAGCUGCCUUGGUCGUGGAGAGUAAAGCGUUUACUCUCGAUGUCCAUCCACCCUCUCCUGCAGCCCAGGGUGUCCAGGCUCACGGGCCUCCAGCUCCCAGAGAGUGCGCCCCCAUCCAGACGAGCCAGCAGACCGGCACCAAGCUGGCAGGUCCUCUGGAGCAGCAGAGAGAGGAGAGGCUCACACCAGCAAUGCGCAGGCACAGGUUCCAGCAGCAGAUUUGUUUGGACCACGGAGCCGUUCAGUCCCCCUUCACCGGCCCGGCCUUUUCCACACUGAAGGACGCUGUCAGACGCCUGCUGCCGUACCACACCUGCGCUGGUCACCUGCCCACUCAGGAUGACUUCAAUUUAGUGGACCAGGAGUUUGACACUGUGUCCGGUUUCCUGCUGAAACGCACCAAGGACAUGGUCAACAAAUACAGGCAGCUACUGGUCAGAGAAGCCCAGCAGGAGAGUCCGUCAGCAGAGAUGGUGAUGCUGGAGCGUCUCUUCCUCCAGGCGGAGCGAUGCGCUUUAGCGGAGGACAGACGGAGAGUCCGCAGAGACCCAGAGUCAUUUAUGAUGGCCUUGGCUACGUCAGCGUCUUCCCCCCAUGGCACCCACUCCUCCGGCCCCUCCCACCUGUGCUCCACUGGCAGCCCCUCCUCUCCACCAGCCUGGACCAGACUGUCCGACCGGCCCCCGGGACUGAAGACGUACCGCUCCAGCUCCCGCGGGGCUCUCAGGCUCACCAUCAAGCAGGAGUCUGGCUCCCGCAAAGUGGUUCACAACUCCGCCUGCGACCCGGGACUCAAGAGGGACCACACGGGGCAGCUGACCAACGGCGGCGGAGCUGUGACCGAACGCCACCCUCAGGCACCCAACGGAGCACCCCAGCGCCCUCAGCACGACGAGGAGAUCUCCAACGGACCUCUGCCCUGUAACACUGCGGAGGAAGUCCCACAGACUGCACCCAAUUCCAAAAUAAAAGCCCCAAAUCCUCUUUCUAUGCCAGAGCCACAGGCCGGUUGCUUCGAGUUGCCUCACAGAGAUGUCAGCGCCCCAAAACUGAAAUGCUACAGGUUGGAUGCGUCGCCUCGGCCGGAGCAGCGGUUCAGCCCGCCGCCUCCCCCCCUCCAAGAGGACAACAUGCUCAGUGAACAUCUACAGAGUGCCAUUGACAGCAUCCUGGAGCUUCAGCGCCUGCAGGGCCCCUCUGCAGCCCCGACCAGGGCCACGUCAGGCCCUUCACUGGACCAGGCUGUCACCAGCAUCCUGGAGGGACACCUGUGAGGUUAACGGGCCCCGACAGACGUCCACGCGGAUACAGAAACAUCUGUCUGAGGUGGGAUGAAACAAAGGAAGGUGUACUUGACUUCUUAUCUGUUCCCAGAACUUUUGUUUCUGGGUUUCAGAGAUUACUUUAAAGGAACUGAUUGUUUGAAAGAAGAGGGGGAAAAAAAUUAAGAGGCACUAUAAAGAGAUGCAUACCAGACAACAGCACUAUCUAUAGUCCGAUAGAUGUUAGAUACUUCAUUUUGAUGUACGUUUGUGGAAAAAAAAAUCUAUUUGAAUAGGAGCUAUAUUGUUUCAGUGGUAGUUAAGUCAUUCAGAGGUUUACGACACUGGUGUAACCUUCAUCAGCAUAUAGUAUAUAAGUAAUAGUGAGGAUAACGAAAACGUGGAGUAGACUGAGAUUAUUCAAUAGUUUUUUAUAAGAUUUCUUUCAAAAAUGUGAAGUUUCUUUUGCAUAGUGCCAAGCUUCCAGGGUAUUUAUUUUGAUAAUCUGUGCCAAUUGUGUUUUCAGAUGAGUUGCAUUGAGAAAGGCAGUGAGUGUGUGACCGAGCGUGUGUGCGCGUCUUUAUUUUAAUUGGGGUGUGUGUGUGUGUGUGUGUGUGUGUGUGUGUGUGUGUGUGUGUGUGUGUGUGUGAGAAAACAUUGCAUCCUGCGACGGGACAGUACAUGAAAACCCCGCAGGCUCUCCAUCAUCUCGGCUUAUCGAAUGAAACUCCAAAGAAUUUGUGACUUGCUACAUCCUGAAUACACCAGCAAACGUCCAUGUUGUGUCUCUUCCUACAAACUGGAGUCCGUCCUUGUUAAAGCAGAAAGAACCCGAAGGGAACACAAAAUAAUUAGGCAGAGUCGUGCUUUUUGUUUUUGUUUGUUUUUUUCCUCCCCACGUUCGUUUUAAGUCCGGACCCUUGUUGUCAUUCAUGCUGGAGUCUGACUGUGAAAUAUUUCUAGUUUUCAGAGAUCGGUUUCUCUCACUUUACGUAUUAACAUGCAAGCAAUAAUGAGUUAGGGUUGUUAGGAGCAGUGGUGGUGCAGUGAGGAAGAGGAGGAGGAGGAGGGGGAGAUCUUUGCCCGUCACUGGAUGAAAACAGAGAUCGUUUUUCAGGAACGAGACAAGCUUAUUUUGUCAUCGAAGCCUGCUUAGAAACCGUGUUUCAAACAUGCUUGGAGGGUUUGAGGGUCACUUAACGGCAUAGAUGAUCGUGCAAA